GAUAAAUUAUUGUGCAAAAGGGUCUCGGUAGUUAAAUUACGUUUAGUAUAGACUUGUAAUGAUCUGUAAGGAGCUUUCUCUUGAAACUUCGUGGAGACAAGUUUGGGGGUUGGGUUGGAAAUUGGAGGGGGCGCGGUAAUGGUGUUUCUCCCUGGCUAAGCACAAAAAUAAAAAGUAUAUAGAACAAAUGGGCGGCUAAACUCGCCGUAGCAUGGCAUAAUGAUAACACGCUCGAAUAAUAAGGAUAGCCAACAGAGGAGACAGGGUUGGAUACGCACGCGUGGGCCUGCGUUUGGGGCCCGUCUUCCGCUUCCACUCCGAUGAACGUUCUGGCUUUAACUCCGGCUCAGUUCCACUACGUGCUUCCAGCAUUGUACUCCAACGUCCUAGAUACACUCGAUUUUACGUCCAGCGGGCUGUUUUCUUUUCUUCCUUCUCAACCAUCGCUGCUUCCUGUAUGUAAUACGUCUAUUCUCCUCAAAUUAUAAUACUUAACAACUAAUACCUAGCUUCAAUAACAUUUGGAAAAAAAUUGCGUGUUGUGAAAGUUUAAUCGUGUCUAGCGAAGAACUUUGUUAUGUGAAGUUGUUGGUUCAAAAUUUCGAUGGUGGUUUAUACAGUAAUCCCUAUUUUAAAAAAAAACAAAACAUUUAAAAUAAUGAUAUACAAAUCUAAAAUAUGAAAAAAGAUUAUAUCGACAGUAAAAUCCUCAAGUUUGUAAAACUUACUUACUUACGAUGAUAUGCAGCUGAUUGUUAUUGUUGAGCAUAAGAUGCAGUGGAAUUCAAUUUUCCGCUACAAAUGAUAACGAAAGUGAUCAAAUUAUUAUAACGUAUCAAAGUUUUAAUUAGAUGAAACAUGACUUUGUUUGAUCGAGACUACUGUAUCUAGGAAAGAUCAAAGAAGAUUAAUUUACUUGAAUAAGUUUUGAACUGAUACUUAUAUUGGUGUUUUGUGGUAGUAAAAAACAGUGUAAAAAAUUUAAAUUUCAUAAGGGAUGUGAAAAUGUUUUGGUCAACUACCGACGAUGGCGCUGCAGGAUCUUCGCUGUCACGGAGUUUCCUUCGAAUUUCACAACAGCUCACUUCGUCUUAUGUUCUUCGAUAGAAAGAAUCUCGAUGUUGAUUGUAGACUAUUGGAUUAACUACGAACAUCAACGCCACCUCUAAAACUAUAAUUUCAAAUCUAUUUGUUAAUUUAAAUUAAAUGUGACAAGGUUUUAAUUUUUUGCAAGCGUCGAAUAUUUGUGUUUUAAAUUCCAUCGAACUGAAGCGUACAGUGUUUGUAGUGAAACUAUUUUAUUAAAAAAAGGAAAAGAUAUCCUAAUUUUUUGUUAUAAAUAAUUUUUUUUAAUUCAAUAUGUACAGCUAAUUGUGAAUACGGAAGAAAUAACAAAGUGACGUGAUUUUACGAACUUUCGAAACAGCUCUCUCAUUGUGAUUCAUUUGCCGCUAAUUUCCUAUAACUAUCAAUAAUCGAUCUAACAAUCGAUUAUUUCGAAAUAACAUCGAUUACAUCAACGAACUAAAAACUGUAGUUAUUUUGUGAUACAAUUAACAACGAACUUAUGUCCACAAAAUAAAACAAUACAAGUGAACAAUUAAAAGAACAAUUAAUAAUUCAUCUGAAAUUAAAAUCGCUAACAGGAACAAGAUUAAAGCGUUGUUGAUAAUAAAUAUCCAAAUAAUCAAUGCAACUUUAUAGAAUGAAAUACACUCUAUAAAAAAUACACAAGUAAAAUAAAUAAUUUUAAUAAACAUAAUAAAUACACAAGAAGUAUCUCAACGAAGAAGAAUUUUCAAGAAAUAUUCAUUUAAUUACAAAUUAAAUUACUACCUUCCAAGAUGAAAUUCACUUAUCUCCAAAGCACCACUGUGAUCAUAUUUCUGAUAGUUGUUCGAAUUACUGGCGAGCAAAGAUUCGCGGAAACUCCAGCCCUGUAUCAAGAAGUUUCCUCCGGUGACGAUGUACAAUUAAGGUGCAGGGUACAGGACAAACGGGGUCAAUGUAUAUGGCAGAAGGACCGGAAACCAGUAGGUAUGCAUCCGGAUAAGUACGAAUGGGCCAGCGGACGCGGCAGCGAUUGCACCCUUCUUAUCAGGAGAGCCUCCCUCGACUUCGAUGACGGCUACUGGGAGUGUCAAGUCACUUCUGGUGACUUCACGCGACAGGACGCCUUAACUUCUUUACCAUCUCGUCUUUUAGUUAGGGUAAAACCCCGCAAACCACGGUUGGAAUAUGGAGGGACGAUUUUAAACUCCGCCCUAACUCUAAGGGAAGGCCAGGAAGUUACCAUUUCCUGCGUAUCAAGAUAUGGAAACCCACCGGCGCUUAUCAAAUGGUACAUAGGAGGGGAUGAAGUAGAGCCAUUAAGGGAGCAGACAAACGCGACAGAAGUAGAUAGUCCAAAAACCUGGGCAGCCCACAGCCUCCUCCGUGUCCGUGGACAAAGGGAAAACCAUGGUCUACCGAUUCGGUGCAUCACGAUGCAUCCAUCCAGCGUCGUUCCAACAUCUGCGGAAACACGACUGGAUGUGCAUUACUCCCCAGAUGUAAGAAUAGAAACGAAGCCCCGACUCCUGGUGGCGGCACUGGAGGAUUCGGCCAGCUUUAUGAGCCUGAAAUGUUUCGCGGAUGGCAAUCCCAGCGGAACGAUCAAGUGGUUCAAGGAUUCAACUCCCAUCGCGGUAACAAGCAACGUGGUGGCGUUGAUGCUAAACAGAACGCAGCAGAACGGCACGAUGACCGGCUCCGAGUUGAGAUUCGAGCCGGUCAAGAGAAACGAUGCCGGUCUCUAUUCUUGCAAGGCGGUCAACGUUAUCGGUGAAAGCACCGCGGCUAACUAUAGACUGGACGUACAAUAUAGUCCCAGAUUAAAAUCAGAAGAUCCUACUUACAACGACACCGCGCAAAAAUUCGAAGAAACAACUCUGCUUGGUACAAGCUUGGAACCCUUCGAGUGUAUAGAUUUUGAAGCAAAUCCUCCACCUCAAUAUCGAUGGGUGCAUCUUCGUGGUGGCAUGACGGAGACCAUUGAGAAUCCGCUGCAGACCAAAGACGGUGGUAAACGUUUACAUUUGAAGAACGUGAUGUGGUCCGACGAAGGGGAAUAUCGAUGCGUGGCAUUCAAUGUGAUCAACGGAGUGAGGAGAGAAAUGCCCAGCGAGGCUCGUUACGUGCUCCACGUAACCGGACCGCCUGAGAUACAGGCGAGGCCGUCUUCCGGUGGAAAGGGCAUUUACGAGUCGCUAGGAUGGGCCGGAGAACCGGAACACACUUUAAAGUCUCGCUUUUGUUCGAGACCUCCGCCUAGACUCGUUGCUUGGCAAUGGGGAAGCUCGCAUAUCAGAGCUGGCGAGAGUAUUCAUCCAAAAUACGAAGCACUAUCAUUAGAGCAUAUCAAGGAAAACGAUAUGCCAACUAAUUGCUACUGGGCCAAGCUAAUGAUCAAGGAUCUCCAAAUAGAGGACGCUAGAAUAUACACCCUCUUAGUAGAAAGCGAAAAGGGUAGAGAUUCCACUAAUAUCAAACUAACUAUUCGUGACCCAACGGAGAUGAGAGUAAUUGCAGCAGCAGCUGCAGUAGGGCUAUUGUUUUUUCUUCUUCUAGUAUUCAUUGCUGUAUAUUCAGUGUUAAGGUUGAAGAAUAGAAGAUAUCGUCGAGAAGAAGAUGGUAGCAUUGCUGCAGAUGCAUUAUAUAGCAAUACACCUACAGCAGAUAGACAGAAGAAUGUGAACUCAUCUCAAAAUAAAGCGUAUGUGAGAAAGACGAACACGGAGGGUGGAUUGGCUGUUACGUAUGAUUAUGACCAGAUCACGAAGCAGGUGCGCGCCAUGAGCCCAGAAGCACUGAAAGUCAGGCGAGCACCAGCUGUUCUUCAACCACCAACCAUUGUAUAACUGUUGAUAUGCUCAUUGCCAUGACAAUCGUCGAUGACUGACGGUGAACUGUUCUAUUGUGACUUAUCUGUUACUGACCAUAUUGUGUAGAUCCGUCUUCACUAAAAACAGGUCAUAUUUUGUAUUACUUGUGAUUGAAAAUUGAAAUAGUAGAAUUCAUAGACCCUCUAUGGUAAUGCUACAGAAUCUCCAUUUAUUUUUUCCUUAAAGAUGAAGUUUAUGUAAAAUUUGGCAAUAUUAUUGGUAUAUUGCCACAAAUAAAAUUCAAUAGAUGUGAUAAUUUCAUUACAAAUGAUAUUGACUGUGAGUACUUGACUGAUUGAUUUGGAGGAAUUUUCUAUUUUAUUAAUUGGAAAUUGAAUUAUUUGUUGUUGCUACUAUUGUUACAUUUUAAACUGAUUUUAAGCUUUAUUAAUGUAAUUUUGUAGUAAGUAGAUACUAGAUUUGUAAUAUUGUUCAAGCAACAUAAAUGCAUUUUUAUAUCAAUGUACUGGAAUUGUAUUUUUAGUAUUUGCGUGACUGAUCUCGUUGUUGAACAUCGUUUCCCUUGUUACAUACUCAGAGUCUUACAUCGAUACUUAUUUUUGCGCCGAUAUAUUUGUGUAAAAAAAGAAUGCCAAAUAAUAAAUAUAUGUACAUAUUAGAUAAUUACGUAAAGAAAAUGCUACUUAGUGCUAUAGGAAAUACUUAGCUAAUUUUAAUAGUACUGUAUAUGAUGAAUCUUGCACUAUAAAGUAACAUUGUGUUCAGUGCAAUAAUGCAGCAUUGCAUCACAUUAAUUUAGUAUAAUGUAUUGUUAAUUCCAAAGCGUAAUAUUAAAAGAUAUUACAGUAAAUUUUAUAGAAAUAGAUUUUGGGAUUUUAAAUAUAUCAUCUAUUAAUUUAAAUUUCUCCUUUAUUUAUUUAAUAUCUUUUAAACUUUCGAUCAUUGACAUCUUGACGCAAAAUAAGAUGUCCUACGUAACUAUGAAAUAGCAUUGAUGAACCUACAUAAUACAUAAUCAAUCUUUAUGUAGUAUUAAAUACAUUUUACACAUUGUAAUAUUUCAUCAUAAAAAAGAAAAGAUAUUUAUAAUCGGUAAUCUUCGAGAACGCAUAAUUUUUCCGCUUUUCUAAAAAAAAAUAUGAUAUGUAUACAUAUCUCUGGUAUUUUAAUUACAUUAUAAAUUCAUUGGUCCCGAACAGGCGUUUCGAAAUAUAUAAGUAUUUGCAAUGCAUAUAUUACUGACAUCUAUAAAACUUAAACCUUACAUUAUUCGCGCAACUGCAUAUUCCUCUUCCAUACACUUCAACUUUCCUCUUAAAGUCAGGUACACUUUAAAUAAAUUCAGUAACAUUCAUUGCGUGUAAGGUGUAAUUCUAACAUAUUUCUUUUCUUUGUAGCUUUACGGUGCAUCUAAAGAAAUCAACGAAACAAUUGAACGAUCGUAAUAACUAUAAUAAAUUUCCAUAAAGUCCACAUGGUGCAUAGUAGAUUUUUCAAAAAUGAAGGAUCAAUCUUUGUAUAACAAUGAUUCUUUAAAAAUUAUUUGUCUAACAGUCGCUUUUCCUUCUCUUUUUAAUAUCUUUUUUAAU